ACGGUUAUUUUAUUUCUGUCCCGUGACAUUGUUUUCUUUGUUCUCCUCUGCACUGCAGGUGGAAUGGAGGAGACGAACCGAGCCCUAGACAUGGAGAUUGAGGUUCAGAAGGGCGAGGCGAAUAAGAAAGAGAAGACCAAGAGGAAGAAAAAGGGUAGAGUCGUCUCUCGCUUCUUUCAACAGAACCAGGGUGGGACUGGUGGUUGCAUCAAUGGCAAUCGUACGGAACGAAGGGGGAAGAGAUCCCGUAAGAAGGAGGAGAGGGUCGUCUCUCGCUUCUUCCAGAAUCGACAGCCGGAGCCGGAUAGGGGCACGAAGCGUAAGCGCAGCCGGUGCGAUGACAGCAGGGCAAUCGCCAGAAUCGAGGAACCAAUACCGAGCACGACUGUCACGGAGGAGAAGAAGGAGAGGACCGUUUCUCGGUUCUUCCAGAACGGAAAUGGAGAGCCCCGGGGGCGAGGGGUUGAAUCGAAGCUUGCAGCGGCUCUUGACGGCGGAGAAAUUCCUGACAUCGAGGAGCUGUUCUCGCGGUUUGCUUAUACGAAGAAAGUAGGCUCCGAUGAUAUUCCUUCUGAAUCAAAGGCGCGGAGCAUGCUUUCCCCCCGUUUUCGGAACACGAACGUGAGCCGCGGGCGAUUGACAAUGGGGAAGCGAAUCAAUGCAGAAUUGAUAGCGGAUUCAGCAGCCGAACCGCAACCGGAAGCGGAAACGGAAGCUGCUAAAGCUAAAAAGAAGAAGGUUAAGAGUAGCAAUGGCAGUACGAUCCUCUCGGCAAAGGAGAAGAAAAAAGAAGCCUACAGAAGGAGAGAUGCCGACAACACGUGGAAGCCUCCGCGCUCCGUACACCGGCUUCUUCAAGAGGACCACGCCCAUGAUCCUUGGCGGGUUUUGGUUAUCUGCAUGCUUCUUAAUUGUACGACUGGGAAACAGACUGGACAGAUCUUAGAAAAACUUUUCAGCGAGUUUCCGAAUGCACAAGCUGCUGCAGAUGCUCCAGAGGAGAGAAUAGAGGAGAUUAUAAGAACGUUGGGUUUACAAAAGAAGAGGUCCUGCAUGAUAAAACGUAUGUCUCAAGAAUACCUCGAUCAUGGCUGGACGCAUGUGACUCAGCUUCACGGUGUUGGCAAGUAUGCAGCUGAUGCUUAUGCCAUAUUCUGUACCGGAAAGUGGGAUCAAGUUAGUCCGGUCGAUCACAAACUGAAAGACUACUGGGACUAUUUAUGGACCAUUGAAGACAGAUUGAGAUAACUACAGUUUUCCCCCCCUUCCCCCUACCCUGAUUUUCGAGGUGUCUAUGAGGCAGUAUAAAUUCCGACAUAUAUGCUCUUCUAAGUAGUGCUUUUGGAGGCCAUUUUGUUGCAUGGAGGAUACAUCCCCUGUGGUAUAGUUAUGAGAAUGUGGACUUCGAGUGGAUUAACUUAAGUUGCCCUUGCACGUUAGCUGUUCUUUGAUGUAUAAGACUACGUAAACAGGAAGUUUUGCAAUGUAAUUUGUUGGGGUAAAUUGCACUGUUUGUAUAAAACCUUUUAGCGAUGUAAUAGUUUGGUACAAAAUCUCUUUUUUGGUGACAAUUUGAUACAAAACCUUCUAAAAUA